AUGCAAAGCACCAAGGGCCUCCUAUUCGCCAAUAACUCAAGUCAUUUUCAUGACGAAGAUCCACAAGCUGAGAUCGAAGCGGUGGUCGAAACGGCGAGUGAGAUCGUCGAUAAAGUGGAAGAUACAGAUAGUCAAGGCGAGGCCGAUCCAGGAGAUUCGACGCUCAACACCUUUUCAGCUCCAGAAGGUGCCAGCGAGUUGGGCAAAGCCCUGACCUCGAAUGACGCCGUCGAAUCCUGGGCGGAAGGCAAGGUAGACAUUGUCAAGCGCCGAGUUGCAGCGAACACUAGCACCUUCGAGCAAGCCUCGGUGCCAUCUGGCUUGGAAGAUCAGCGACGGGCGUAUAUCGCUCGUAGGGCUGCCAGUAGUCCAGUGAAAACGGUUGUCCCGACGUCGGAGACCCAGAGUGCAGGACAGGACUCUCUCGCUGAAGGGACAGAUUUCCGGUCCGAAAGGCCUUCCUCAAAGUGCGAGGAAGAUGACCGAGGAAAAGGGCAGCGGGCUGGCGAACUGACUGAAUCUUCGACGGAGAGUCAGAAGGAGGGUGCGAGCGGCGACACAUCACCGAAACGACCAGAACUCCCAACGAUGACGCGCAUGGAGAUAGGGUUGGUCAAGGCGAACAUGCGGACGACCAAGACCAAGACGAGGAGGAUGGCCACGGCGCAGAUGGUGAUCAAGAUGAAGGAAGCCAAGCCGAUACAACGAUAG